CUCCGGACACGACAAUAAGCACAGCUGUGAUUGGGCGAGUCCCGCUGCCCCGGGCGGCACCUCUCGCCGCCGCUUGCUGCCAUGGCCGCCGCCACGGCCACUUGGUGCUACCGCGGGGACCCCGGCGCGGAGCAGCCGGCGAUGCUGGUGCAGUUCUCCAACGGCAGGCUGCAGAAGCCAGGCUCCAUGAGGUUCACCGUCUACCGAAACAGGGACACGGCCCACCCCCGGAAGAAGCACCAGAGGAUUCUGGUCUCAGAAACGGAAAGGCUUUCGUAUGUGGGGAAUAACUUUGGCAGCGAAGCUAUGAAAUGUAAUUCCCUAUGCAGGUAUUUUGUUGGUGUGUUAGACAAGGACUCUGGGCAAAUGGAAGUGUAUAAUGCUGAAAUAUUCAACAUGCAGCCCUUGCUGUCAGAUAACUUAGUACCUGAUGACGCAAAGGAUUAUCAGAAUAAAUCCUACAGGGAGAAGAUGGAUUUGUGCAUUGAGGCCUUUGGUACAAGCAAGCAGAAGCGAGCUCUGAACUCUCGGCGAUUGAAUGCAGUGGGCAAUGAUAUCCUGAACACAGCUGUGACAAAAGCAGCAGCAAACAUGAUACAUGCAAAGGGAGUAACAGCUCUGAUCCAGGAUGUGGCCCAAGAUGAUGUACAGAACAUCUCCGCUUUCCUCCCACCAUGUAAUGAAGAUGCUGACAAACCAGAAAAUGUUUACAAGUUUGAGUACAUUCUGUCCCCAGCAGAAUAUGAAGCAUUGCGGAUUCCAGCAGCAGCCUUUGUUAACAUCACUCCAGAAGAAAUCGUCAAGAAAACACAAGAUAGAAGCCAUUGCUGCUUUGUUUUAGAAGAGCUGAAGUUCCUGCCCGCUAAUGAGAAGAGCAGAGAUCACAAAGCCCGAUGCCUCUGGUUCCUGGACACCCUUAUUAAGUUCAGCUACCAGAAAGUGAUCAAAAAGAAGUAUCCAAUGGGUCCUGAAUGCCCACAGAUUAUUAGCAGGAAACUCAUGAAGAAUUUCACUUCACUGACCUACAACAAUAGCAGUGUCCAGAAUUUAAUCUCUGCAUCAAUGAAGGCUAAAAUCACAGCAUACGUCAUUGCAUUGGCUCUGCACAUUAACAACUUCCAAAUCGACCUCACGGUCCUGCAGAAUGAUUUGAAGCUCCAAGAAAGUAGGAUGAUGGACAUCGCAAAGGCCAUGCGGUUGAAGGUCUCCAGGGCAAAGGGGCUGCCAGAACUUGAGAAUUAUCAGAACCACAAGCUGGGCACUCUCUCUCUCCCCUUGCCUGUGCAGAAGGCAGCAGGGAACCAAAGGAAGCGCAAGAAAAUGAACUAAAAUGUCUGGGAGGGGCGAAACAGUUCUUUUCUCAACUGCUGUUCCAUAUCAUAGGGAUGCUUUUGUGUGUUGGAUUUGGCUGUCCAGCAUGAGCACAUAACCCUGCUGAAAUCCUCUCUCAAGGCUGGGUUGUAACAGAUGUUCACCUCAUUAAACUGCUUAUUUUUUCCAUUUAUGUAGAAAA